AAGCCCGCUUUGCGUCGAAACGGCGGGAAAUUCGUUCCGGAUGACGGAGUCAAGAUGGGAUCAGUCUCCACUGGCAAAUCGCUAGCCAGGCUUCGACGCGGCGGCGCCGGCGGGACAUUAUCUCAUUUUCUCGCUACUAAGUGGGUUGCAUACGCAUCGCCGAUUUCGUCCUCCUCCUAUUCUUUCAGCUCCGCCGCUUCCGUUGCCUCUUCAUCUGGUUUUCAACCAUCGCCGCCUUCUUCUGAAAUAGAAGGGAAAUCCUCUAGGUGGUCAAAAUGGUUUCUAUUCCUACCUGGAGCGAUCACAUUUGGUCUUGGAACUUGGCAGAUUUUCAGAAGACAAGAGAAGAUGUUAGAAGCUUGCAAAAUGUUCAGAACUAACGGAGAUGUAGAAAAAAAAGAUGGAGUGUGUAGAAAAAUUAAUGGAUUUCUGGAUGAAUACCUUCCACUUUUGAAGUUUAAUUUUCACGAAGUUAUAAGAUUCCAGAUUCCAUGUCUUAAUAUUGGCUAA